UUUACGGCAGCGCGGGCGGUGAGGGCUUGCGCGAGGCCUGUACGAGCUCCAGCACACGAACGCGAGAUACGCGCAGGUUUGGGGUCCCCCCGCGCCCCCUCCUUUUUUUUUUUUAAAGGGGCCCUGGGCGCAUGCGCAGCAGCCUGGUCACGUGCCCGUUUAAACUACAGGUUCCAGCGCGCCCCGGCGGGUUGCAGUUGUCGUCGCUCGCCGUGGGCGGCUCGCAGCCGGUGCCGCGGUUGUCCCGGUUCCCGCCCCCACCCCGAGCCAUGGACGCGGAGCUGGAUGUCGGCUCUGCGGUCUCUGGGCUGUCGGGCGGCGCCGGGGUCGGCGCCGACCCCGACCCCGGCCCGGCCGACGAGGAUCAGGAGAUGGAGGGGGCCCCCAGCUGCUCGGGGUCGCGCUCCCUCCCCUUCGAGUUCGAGCGGAGCCGCUCGGACUCCAGCGGCGACGAGGACGACGACGAAGACGACGAGGAAGAGGAGCUGGAGGAAGAGGAGCUGGAGGGGGGCGCCGGGCCUCCCUUCGGGACGGACGACGGGGAGCUCGACUCGGACGACGACCGGGAGCGCAUGAUAAACCUCUCCGAGUUGACCCCUUACAUCCUGUGUUCCAUCUGCAAAGGUUACUUUAUUGAUGCCACAACUAUUACAGAGUGUCUGCACACCUUCUGUAAAAGCUGUAUAGUGAGACACUUCUACUAUAGCAACAGAUGUCCAAAAUGCAAUAUUGUUGUACAUCAGACACAGCCCCUUUAUAAUAUCAGACUGGACCGGCAGUUGCAAGACAUAGUAUAUAAAUUAGUUGUGAAUUUGGAGGAAAGAGAGAAAAAACAAAUGCAUGACUUCUAUAAAGAAAGAGGACUAGAAGUUCCCAAACCAGCUGUCCCCCAGCCAGUUCCAGUCAGCAGAGGAAGACCUCGAAAAGUUCUGGGCUCCGUGUUCCGGAUCCCACCAGAACUUGAUAUCUCCAUACUUCUGGAGUUCAUUGGAGCUAACGAAGGCACAGGGAAUUUUAAGCCUUUGGAAAAGAAGUUUGUGCGUGUUUCAGGGGAGGCAACCAUUGGACACGUGGAGAAAUUUCUGAGAAGAAAAAUGGAUCUUGAUCCUGCUUGUCAGGUAGACAUAAUCUGUGGUGAUCACCUACUAGAGCACUACCAGACAUUGAGGGAAAUUCGUCGAGCCAUAGGAGAGAGUGCAAUACAGACCCGAAAUUCAACGAGGGGAAUGGUUGUCCUGGCCCAGUGAUACAACUACUGCACAGGGACAUUUGAUGGAUUUUAUAGAUGGUUUACUUGUACUGCACUAUGGCCUUGUGUUAGCACCACUACCAGUAACUUAAAGAUUGCUAGAAUAUCAGAUGGUGAAACAAUCCAAAGUCAUCGAGCUUCAUCAGUGCUGUCUCUCACCAAAGAAGGCCAUCUUAUUUCCAGUGACAGGAAGCAAGUAAAACAAACCACCACUAACUGCUAUGUACUUGUAAUUUAACACCUUACUUUACCACUGUAAAAAUUACAGCUUCUAUAAGUACAGCUACAGAUGUUGCUAUGGUUAGUAUUACAAAUUACUGUCUUCAAAUUUCACUCAGCUCAGGGAACUUAAAUGCUCAGACUUGCUGCAUUUUUUUUAAUACUUUGUAAAACCCCAAGAUCUCACAGCGUUAACUGCCUUUUUUUCUCUAAGCUAUGAGAUAUUGCAUACUUUUGAAGUGUCUAGCUGGAAUGGUACUCUCAGGGAUGAUCCUGUCAACAGUGUAGUGUUUUCUGUGGGGGAGACAGUCAUUUCCCUAAAAAGAGUGUUCUGUGAUCAUCUGUCUUCAGAAGUGAUUUGGGGAGAAAAGGGGAAUUUUCCAAAUUCAGACCAAAAUAGGUAGAAAAUCACAAGCAUUGUUUUUUUUUCAGAAGUAGCAUUAAAUUUAAUUGUUUUUCUUCAAGAAAGACAAUUUUGUUUGCACUGCAAAUAUAUUUGGUGAUAGUUUGACUUAAACCAAAUAGUGGAUCAUGUAUUUGUAGUCUUACUGGAAAUGAGCCAGCUGGUUAAACUAUGCAUGUUUAAAAAAAGUUAAAAAUGUAGCGCUUCUUUCUACCUGUUUGCUCUAUAUAAAAUAAUCAUUAUCAGCCUGAUUCUGCUGUCAUGUAAAAUCUGUCAACAAUUUUGACAGGCAAGAGCACAGAUCCUCUUUCAUUUCAGCAGAUCGUUCUAGCAGCAGUGAAAAUGGUAGCUCUUGCAGUCUUUCUAAAGCAUAUUAAUACAUUGUUGUAGAGACUAUGGAUGAGGAUGUUGAGCAGCAUAAUAUACACCUGUUACUCCCACAUUCACAAGAAGGUAUUAGGUAAAUUUAGUUUAAACAUAUUAAAAUACUAAAUUUUGUGAAAACUGUAAUAUUUAAAAAUCCUGUUCUGUUCAAGACUCAUAGCUUCGUGCACAGGAUUAAGAACCAGAACUUUGUAUGUUGUGGUCUUGCUGCACACCAGGUCAUAAAUGUGGGGAUUCGUGAAAGCUACCUUUAGGCAUGGGAGACCAGGCUCCCUCUAUGGUUGGCAUAGAGGAAGGGAGAGGAUUCCUCUGCAAGGCGUUUCAGAGCACCUAAUUUAACUCGCAUGCACUUGCCCUCUGUCAUAUUCACUGCUAUGCAGUCAAUCUAGAGGGAGACCAGCGUUCUCUGUCAAAAGAAAGUUUUCGUGAAUCCUUCCUCAGGUCUUUUCAAUAAAUAUUUGGGUUUGCCUGCGAAGAUGACACUAUAUAUAUAAAAAAAAGGUGAUGUUCACUUGAAGUAAUUUUUGUGAUGCUUCUAAAAAAAGGGAAAACAAAAACAUUUGUAACCACAAUUUACUAUUUUACUUUCAAAGUUUGUAUAAAAGUAGUGUUUAAAAUGCAGCAGAAAAUGAGAUUAUUUUGUAAACACUUUGUGAGUUGUGUUGAUAAGAGAUUAUAUAUUGUAACAGUAAAAUAAAGUUUAUUUUAGCUGA